CUCAUCCACGAACCUAUCCCAGUGAAGCCGUAUGUAAUCGUAAUCGUCUGAUGCUCCCAUGUACCAUGGUGGGGUCUCUAGCGGUGUAAUCAGAUUUUCGGCGUGCAGUGAUUUUUGCGCUGUCGUCGCGUUUCGUUGCGGCCCUUUUGUUAUGGCUAUGUUUUAUUUUUGCUAGUCUUUUUCUUGUGAAGUUCCGUUCCGAAUGUGAGUUGACAAAAGGGUUCAAUGUAGAAACCGAAUCGUUUGUUUGUGUUACGAGUGGAAAUGAUAAACCGUAAAUUAAUUAGUCCAAUAUUAAAUUGUUGAAGACAACGAUCGGUCGGGAAAGGCAGAUGCAAAUUCCAAUAUAUGUUUUUUUUUUUGAAUUUUUCGUUUGGUAGUGUAUGGCAAGCAACAUUCAAAUAUAAAAACCAGAGACUAAAUGUGAAAGAAUUGUGAAAGUGUUAAAAAGAUUGGACAGAUAAAGAGAAGAUUAAGUGUCAUUUUUUCGGUCACUUCAACCAGCCAUAAACUAUGGCACUUUAUGUGUCCGUCGAAUAAAGCUUACGAGAAGAAAAGGUAGUUUAAAUCGAUAAGAAAAAGAAGAAGAAAAUUUCUGAAAUGAUUCGAACCAGAUUUGAAUCGUUGAAAGUGCUCUCUAAGAAAAAACCGUAUGCCAAACCAUAUGGUGUAACUUUGAGCGCUCGUUGACAGUGUCUACUAGUGGCAUCGUAAAAAUAAAAUUGUCUCCAUCCUUUAAAUAUGGGUCGGGUGCAAAUGAAUUCGAUUUUGUGUCGAGGCAAAAGAAGAAAGAGAGAGAGGGAGAGAGAGAUUGGAAAAUAUCUCCUUUUUUCAUCGAUAGAAAUCGAAAGUCAAACAUGACAUAAAAUGGGUGAUUUUUUGCUGGUUCUAGCAUACGGGUCGAUCCCAAUUCAAAGAGGGGUUCGUUUUCAAUGGUCCAUUUUGAUUCGCACAAGUCUCCACCCGCGUACUGUUUGUUUGGCUUUAUUUUUAUUUGGCUGCGCUACUGUCCCAGGAUCGUAGAAAGCGUGUAAAUAGAGUAAUAAAAUUCUGAACGCUAAUAAAAAUUGUAGUUCAGUGUGUUGGCAGUGAAAGAAGAAAAGAAUGGAAAGGAAGAGAGUUUCACUCUUCAGCAGGGCAUAAAUAAAAUAGACGACAAAAAAGAAACAGCCGAUAAGUUGACUGGUUAUCUCCUGGUGUAAGCGAAAUGGUAACAGUGCGGUUAGGUAGUCGAACUGAUGAUGGCUGAUGAUGAAGUUACAUGCAUGGAACUGUGUGGUAAUACAUCGGGUUUGGGUGUUGCCAUUUAUCAUGUUCAUUUGUGUUUUUUUUCGCACUUGUUUUCAACAUUCCGGGCGUUUGUUUGGCGUGAGAAAUUAUUACCAAGGAAAGAGAUUUAUUUUCGGUAGUGAAAAGAGUUAAGUACGGAGGUUUCCUAGUGGAAAUUUCCCGUUUUUAUUGAUAUUGGAUUUUUGUUGUUGUUGAUAGUAGCUUUAGGAAACAUAUUUUUUGAGUUUAUUUUUAUUUGUACAAUAUUUUUAAUUGAACAAGAUUAUGUCAAAUCAACUCCAUACGAGAUCGAUGUAGAAGGAUGCUCGUUGCAAGGAGCAAAAUAUCCUUAAAAUAUUUAUGUACCUUUUGCGCGUGUGUUGGAAUUUGUGUGUGCACGUAUUUUUGAUAUCUCAAAACACUUCCGUUAACAAAUAAAAUAUAAUGACAAAAGUAAACCUUACACGUACGAAAUGAGGCGAAAAAGGAUAACAGUUGCAGGCCUGCAGUUACAGCAGCAGGUGUGUGAAGGCAAAUCGCAACCAUUGAAAAAUGGUAAUAAAAGCGCAACAAAAAGAAUGAAACCAUGCCGUGUACAGUGUGCAACAUAAUAAAAAUAAAGUCAAACAACAAAUAAAGCAUAAAAGUGGGUAGAAAAUAUUAACAACAGUAAAGUGUACAGUAAUAAAUGUGUUACGAUUUUAAAAGGCAACCGUAAGCGUAAGAAAACACGGAACAGGGUUGAUGAGAAUUUUUACCACGAUUUUUGGAUACGUAAUCGUACAGCAGAAUCGGUAAAAGGGGGGAAAUCAGUUUUAAAAAAACAACAAGGAGAAAACAAGGAUCAUCUGCUUUCCAUGGGGUGUGUGUGUGCUUUUUUGUGUGCAAGAACCGCCAUCGUUCAAUGUGACUUCGCGAUAUUCCCGAUUGUGCGUACGGUGUGGAACAUUAUGCGUAAAUGAAAUAAAAUAUCAAGCAACAGCAAAAAAAACAUAACACACAAAACACAAAUUAAAGGCUAUUACGUGACAGCAGUAUGUACGCUGGGGUGAUUUUAGGAUUGCGCGAAACCAGAUGCACGACCAGAAGGAACAAUCAUUUAUCUGUCCCGUUUUAUGCGCGGUUUACUUACGUGAAAAUCGAAUUGGUCAGCCAAACGUUGAUUAUAAAUUUAAACCAAGUGAUAAAUUCUGUUUGUAUGCUUUUGGGGACAAAUAAAAUAAAAAUACAACAGGGGUAGUGAAGAUUACCGUAGUCUUUGAAAAUGGGGUUGAAUUUCGUUGUUUCUUUACGUCUCUUUACGUGACGCUUAAUGAGAUUGUAUAUGACUGCUGAGAGUUUAGAUAUUUAUGAAAUUGGCAACAUUCGUUUUGGUACGUGUUUUUGGGCAGGGGAACAUAAUUUGUGUAUUUUGUUUGGCUAUACGAUGGUUUUACGAGUGCAUGGUUUUGUUUGUUCCGUACCCAAGAAAAAAAGUUUUUAUAUCGAAUUGCGUUAAUUAAGUUGCGUAAUUUUUUAAACCGCUGGAAAGCUAACAUAUUUGUUGUAUUUAUGAUGUUAUAUUUUUAUUAAAAAUAUGAAUAAUUUUUAAAUGGACACUUCACAGGAUUUUCAAGAUUUAUUGGGUUUCUAACAUAUCUGGACUUUGUUAAAGUUGAACUAAAACUUGGUUAGGAAUUUUUCACAUUUUCUGAGGAAGGAUUCCUCUCUCAUAUCAGCAUAUUAAUAUUAUUAAUUAUAAUAUUAUUUUAAUAGAUAUUACUUAAAAGAGACAACACAAAAACAGUUCAAAAGAAUUCCACGUUCGAUGUUAAACAUAUUACAAGCAUAUUGUCCAAACGCCGACUUGAACAUUAUACAAUGAACUGAUAAUAAUAGGAAUUAUCGUUGGCACGAGCAGCACGUGGUAAAAAUAUGAUUCCGAAUCGAUAUUUUAAACCAUUCAUUCAUCGAACAGUGGUCUCCCUUCAACAUAACUUCCCCAUCGGCUGAGUUAUCACAAUCUCGAACUGCCAUAUAUCAUAUUUCCGUAUCAAACUCGGAACGGCCGGGCUAUGGUGUGUUUUGCAGAUUAGAUUGAACCGGAUUGAAAGCUUGUGUGGUGCGCUUAAGCGCGACUUGACUGCUGACAUUAUCUUAUCCGGAUUUAUUUCACCCCAUCCCACCUCCUGCCUCCACACCGUUUAGAAAGAAAAACCUUGAAACCAUCAUCUUGCACACAUCGUGUUUUGUGUUGCGCUUUUGCCGACAAAUGGCGACGUAAGUUCACGUGCGACGCCGGUCCUUGCAUGACUUGUAAUUAAAUAUCCUGACCGAUUUAAGGUUCGGUUUAUGUGUGUGUGCGCGCGUGUUUGCUGUUCAGUGAGAGAAGCGUUCAAUUGCCAUAAGCCUUCCAUUGUGUGUGAAGCAUUAGGUUUGAAGCUUUCGUGAUCGAUCCUUAGCCGGGCGUGGGUUCGGUAGAUGGUGGAGAAGAGUUUAGUGGCGUAUACGAACGACCAACGACACACAGCCCAUUAGCACCGGUAGCAAUGGGAUUUUAUCCGUUUUUGCUGGUGCUAAUGGACAAGCAAGUAGCAAAUCGAGAAACAAAACAGAACCGUACCGAUGAAGCAAAAAAAAAAACAGAGCCAGUAACCGACAGCAAUUAAACGUACUUCCAUUUUAGAUUAUGUUAGAUUGAGCGAUAAACGUUAAAACAAUUAUAAAUCAUCGCUGAGUGCGCCAACAUCGGUGGCAUGUAUUUUUGGGGGGAGAAAGUGUAACUCUCAGCCAAUAGCAAAAGUGAGUGAAGUGAACCAUUGUGUGACCAUUGUGAGUUGUUGUGCAGUGAACGGAAUUCAAGCAGUUAGUAGUGUCCAAGUGUACUGGAACGAGACUUUUUGGGUAGUAAACGAAAGGAUUACCGAAAGACAUUCGUUGAAUGAAAAUGUCAAAAUGGAAGAAAAUAAAACGUGUGACACAACAUCGUUACAUCGUGUAGUAAUACGAGAAAAAAGUGUUUAAAGCAAACGCACAGCGACAACUUACCAUCCUGAAAAGCAUUAGAAGUGGGUUUUUGUUUAAAACAAAAAAAAAAUCCACACAUAUUUCACUUAAAACUCGUCACGCAAGCAAAAAUAACACUCACACACAAGCCCUGUUAGUUCGCUUGUGCAAACGAACAUCACGUGCGGCUUAGUGUCACACGCGCGUGUCACGGUUCGGCAUUGCGUCCGCCAGGUUUCCGGUUUCUGGUUGCAACCCAUUUGUGCAUUGUGCACAAGUUUGACCGAUUGGGUCGACAUAAUAACAUAAUUAUUAGCCUGUGUAGCGGAUGAAAAUUAAAAAAAAAAUAAAACCCCUCACUCAUACACUUUUAAACGUAAUGAUAUUAACCGAAGACAAUGUGAGGGUAAUUUAUGCGCGCGAAGCAAAUGGAUGAACAGCGUCCAUAUAUUAAUAACACAAUAGUAAAGUAAUAUUAAUGAUAAUCGUGCUACAUUAUCCAACCGGUGCGUACGUGACAUUUAAUAGAAAAAGAAAAAAACACACGUCCCUUGCUUGUGGGAAGACGUGAAAGAACCAGCAACGGGAAAGGAGGUUUUAAACUGAGUGAAUCAUUAAAAAAAGCUUGAUUUAUUGACCAGACUGUGGACACGGGUUGAGAGUGCUGAGUUGAGUGUGUGUAUGUGCAGAGGAUUAAUGUGCCACCUGGUGGUUAGCCAUGCUAUUGAGUGGUUAUGAAUUCAAUUAUGAGCUUUGUUGAGUAUAUAAACGUGACAAGCUAAAAACAAAUAGCACUGUUGAAGUUGCUGGUUAGUGAUGUCCGCUAGUGGUGAUGUUUAAUCGCUGAUUAAGCUUUGUAUUGCUUAAGGGAUGUUUUCACGAGAAUUUGUUUUAAAAAAAUGCAAAUGAAAUGAAGAAUAAAACAUUGUAGUAGAACAACGUCUAAAGGCACAAAGUAAAAAUAAAAAUCUACGAACAGUCGUACACCUGUCGUACGUCAGCUUUGAUACCGAACCCAUCCUCACAUACGCCGGAAAGCUGGACCACGCACCGGUUUCCAUGAUGGCCGGCUAUCGGCAUUUACCACCGCAUCACCAAGCCCGGCCCGGGAUGUAUCAUCCACUGGCCGGGCACGGUAUGCUUUAUCCGCCGCAACCGGCCCACGGUGGUCCCACAAUGAGCAGCCUGCAACAGCAGCAGCAGCAGCAGCAGCAGCAACAGCAACAUCAGCAGCAAGCCGCUGCCCAAAUGUCCUCCCAUUCCCACCAUCCGCAACAGCAGCAGCAACAGGGUGGCUCCUCAGCUGGCCAUCAUCAACCACCGAUACCUCCACCGUUACCUCCCAUGCACACGAUGCACCAGCAACAGUCGCAAGCGCAUCAUCCGGCCGCGGCACAUGCACAUCCGGCCCAUCCGCACCAUAUGCUGACGCGGCACUACCUCGGCAUGCAUGCGGGCCAUCCGCGGUUGCACGGGCUCAACAUGACCUCCAGUAUGCCACUGAAUGCAAAUGGCGAACCGAUCAAACUUCCGGAUAAUUUGGAGAGUUUACCCCGGGCAGACCAUUUCCCAACCCAACGACACCGGUGGAAUACCAAUGAGGAAAUUGCGGCCAUCCUAAUAAGCUUCGAUAAACAUUCCGAAUGGCAGUCGAAGGAGGUGAAAACGAGACCGAAAAGUGGUUCGAUGCUGCUAUACUCAAGGAAAAAAGUACGCUACCGACGUGAUGGUUACUGCUGGAAAAAGCGCAAAGAUGGCAAAACAACCCGCGAAGAUCACAUGAAGCUAAAGGUGCAGGGUACCGAAUGUAUCUACGGUUGUUACGUCCACUCUGCCAUCCUGCCAACCUUCCAUCGGCGCUGCUACUGGUUGCUGCAAAACCCGGACAUCGUGCUCGUGCACUACCUGAACGUUCCGUAUCCGGACGACAACAAGAUGGCUGUCAUCACGCCUAAUCUGGCCCUCUGGGGUGACAAGAAAGAGUGGACAAAGGAGGAGCUGGUAAGCCAGCUGAAGCCAAUGUUUUUUCCCACAGUUUUCAGCGAGGACGAACCGGACACGGCGAACGAGAUUGAAAUCUCGACGGCCGAAACGGUGGAAGCGAUCGUAAGCCAGCUGAUGGAGAAGCAGCGGAUGGCAAGGCAAACCGCGCUAGUGAAACAGCUCGAGUGUGGCUGCCCGGAUGCGAACUGUGCCGAUGGGAAGUCAUGUUCUCAUCCGAUGCGACGCAUCAGCGCAGCGAAGAGUGUGCAGGAGCUGGGCAAACGGACGGACGGACAUGGUGGUGGUACGGCACCGAACGUACUGAUCGGUUCUAGGAUGUAUCCCCGAUGGUUGGAUAAUCGAAGGAUGGCGACUGGACGGGUUGAGCAGCAGCAGCAGCAACAACAACAGCAGCAGCAAUCGCAACAGCCACACCCACAGCACACCAUCCUCGAUCCGAAUGGAGCGCGCGCCAUCACACCGAAGACGCUCGAUUCGUCGAUACACUUCCAAGUCAUUCCUACCUCGGCCCAGAGCCUUACCGGUCAGAAUUCAAUUAGGCCCGGCAAUCAGAACCCAUCCGGGCUGGUUUCGCUGAGCGGCAGUAACAGUAGCUCACAAUUAACAAGUGUCAGUAGUCACAUUACAAACGGCAUUGGCGGUGGUUCGCAAGGCAAUCAUCUCGGAGGACAUCGAUCGGCCAUGAUUAUCACAACCAAUCAGCAUCAGCAACAGCAGCAGCAGCAGCAGCAACAUCAUCAACAGCAACAUCCACAUCAUCAUCCCCAGCAACAGCAUCCUAAUGUUCAUACGCACCAUGGACAUCCUCAACAUGCUCAACAGCAACAUACGCUUACGAUGAACGGUAGCAGUAAUUCGUCCAGCAGCAGCAACAGCACCAACAGCAAUAACACCGGCAACACCAACGGUAGCAAUCAAUUAACUGCGAUUGGCCACUCCAAUCAAGUGACACCAUCGAAUGGUAACGGUGCCGGAACUGGCACGGACCGGUCCAACACGGUGAACGGUGUACCUGCGGGAGCUCGCGAUACGAACAUCAAUCUAAACGGUAGCAACGAGAAUCAUAUAUCAAUGAUCGGAUCCACCGGCCAAUCCAAUCGUCCAUCGAAUACGCUCGGUGCGAAUCAACGGUCCGGUGCAGCUGCGGAUGGUAGCUGCGGGGACACAAAUGUUGCAAACGGGUCAGGACUGAUGUCGAACGGUAGCAACAAUGGGCAAGGUGGUCAGAGUGCGACGGUUCAUCAUAACCGUAUUACGAUUAAUGGCAACAGUGCAUCGGUAGCAACAUCGACCCCACCGCUGGUGCUAAGUUUGGGUCAGAACCUUGGAGCGCCCGGUAGUUUGUUAAUUUUAAACGGUCAACAGCAAUCGUACGUGUGCCAAUCGCAGCACCAAAAGUCGAACGAUAAGGAGCCAGAUGCGACCAUCAAAACGGAAGCUUCUUCCAGUUCGAUCGCGAAGCAAGAAAUGAUGGAUGCAUCAUCAUCACCAGUACCAUCGCUAACGCACCAUCAGACACGGCAGUCAUCACAACCCUCGAGUAGUUCACCAUCGUCUACUACAACGGGUGGCACCUCCGAGAAGCAAUCGUUCGAGAGUAUAUUUGGCUAUCAGGAUCACACACCGAUGGCGAGUCCGGUACAGAGCAUGGAAAACAGUGGCCCAACGCAUCAUCACGACAAUCUGCCAUUCUUCAACGAAACGCUCGAUCUGUCCCAGGAGGAUAUACAGAAGACGCUUAGCGCUAACAUGCCCCUGGGUGGACACGUUACCGGGCACGACAGUACGCCGACGGAUGAUGCAAUGAACGGUGAGAUUAACCCGAUGGAUUUCAUCGAGAACUGUGGUGAUGUGAACCACGGUACGGUGGAUGACGAUGUGUUCGUAAAUCUGGAUGCGUUUGAUAUGCUGGUGGAGUUCCCGGAGUUGGAGCUGGAUGCGAAGAAUGAAUUUUUGCGCGACAGCACCAACGAUGACGGUACGGGUGACACAAGCGGUGGAGGAGAGCUUGCUGGCGAUAGUGGUAGCGAACUCGGACAGUACAAACAUCACGUACAGAACGAGCAGCAGCAACCGCAGCAAUCUCAGCCGAUCACAAAUGCGUCCACCAUUACGGACUUUAGUCCGGAGUGGGCAUACCCGGAGGGUGGCAUCAAGGUGCUGGUAACCGGACCGUGGAGUGCCAGCUCCGCCUAUACAGUAUUAUUCGAUUCGUUCCCGGUGCCGACAACGCUCGUGCAGGACGGUGUGCUCCGGUGCUACUGUCCAGCGCACGAGGUCGGCGUCGUGACGCUGCAGGUCGCCUGUGAUGGUUUUGUGAUAUCCAAUGCGGUCAACUUUGAGUACAAAUCUCCGCCAAAGUUCGAGACGAAGUGUGAAGGUAACGGUAACGAUAUGCUGUACAAGUUUAAUCUGCUUAACCGGCUCGAAUCAAUCGACGAGAAGCUACAGAUAAAGGUCGAACCGGGAGAGUUGCCGGAAGAUACGCUACUGUUCAAGCAGAACAACUUUGAGGAUCGGCUGGUAAACUACUGCGAAACACUGACAGCCAAAAUGUGGCGCUCCGUAACUCCGGGACCGUUUAUUGAUAAGCAUCAGGGUAUGACACUGCUCCAUCUGGCAGCGGCACUCGGAUAUGCUAAGUUGGUGCGCACGAUGCUUACUUGGAAGGCGGAAAACUCGAACGUCAUCCUGGAGGCUGAAAUCGACGCACUCAGUCAAGAUAAGGAUGGUUACACGCCACUGACACUUGCUUGUGCUCGGGGACAUACCGAGACGGCCAUCAUACUGUACAAGUGGAACCAGAACGCACUGAACGUACGGAACCACGCGCAGAAAAGCCCGGUCGAGGUGGCCCGUGACUAUGGACACGGUGAGCUAGCGCGGGAACUCGAACGGCAGGAAAAGGAGCGACUUCACAUCCAGCAGCGCACACCAACGAGUGCUUCCAUUCCGACGCUUGCCUCCAUCUCGUCGUCUACGACGGCUUCUUCCAGCACGAUUUCCGCUUCCUCCGCUACGCCAAACACAUUGCCAACCAGCUGCUCGAAUCACUCUUCCAGCACCUCAUCACCAGCGGCUUCACCCGCACAGAAAGCCACCGGACAUCAGGAUGGCGCAUCAACAGCCGGUACGCAGGGGAAUCGUUUUUCCGGUACCGAUCUUCUUAGCAAUCUGAACGAAAGCAAUAGUAGCAGCAGUAACAGUAGUAAUAGCAGCUCCAGCAGCGCAGGUACCGACUGCAAACCGACGGAUAGCAACAACAACCUGCACUCCAAUGCCGGUGGUGAUAUGCAUUCGCUGGCGAACGAUGCAUCCGGCACGAUGCACAACUUUCUGAACCUAAAUCAAAUCUUCAGCUAUGGCGAGGGUUUACAUGGUACGAACAGUGAUAGCUGUAGUAACGAUAACUUCGGUCUGGUGGCAGCAUUCAAUCCAUCACUUUCACCGACCGCCCUGUCGCCGUACAGCGAGAUGAAGGGUUCCUGCUCGUCGACUGGUUCACAGUCGGGUGGAUUACACUAUGGGCUCGAGAAUACCAACUCCAAUCCGAUGCUCUCGAACGCACUGUCACCAAACUCGGACAGUAAUCGUAGCCACGAUGGAGUGUUCCUGCGUCCCGGUGCCGUCUAUUCGAGUCAAAGUCCUCCCGGUGCGCGACUUUCCAAGCGCUCGUCGAUCGAUAGUGGCAUCAACAUGGACAACCGUUCCGGUGGGCUUAGCCGUACGGGAAAAACGUUCCGCGAUGCUCAGCGCACCAAUCGCAUGGAUCGCAGCAUGUCACUACCGCUGGCAUCGGGUGGUGGACAACCGAGUGGUAAAAAUCAACCCGGCACACCUUCCAGCACGGCUGGUGGUGAUCGAGAAACGGACAGUUUCUCACUGUCGCUAAGCGAACGCACUACCGAAUCACCGUCGCAGGUGUCGAGCAAUGUUUCACUAUUGUCACCAUUGCGCAAAAUGGACUUUGCACUGUGUGAGGUUUCGGCUACGGAAAGCAGCCCAAUGUGCGAGGAUGCUGACUCACUGCAGGAGGAUGACUGUCACCUGCCGCACCAUCAGCUUCCCGAUAGUAUGGAUAUGGGUCAGGGAUCCAGUGGGAAUGGUGCCGGUACUGUGACGAACGCCGUAGGGGAUUCGGAUGCGAAGGUGCUUACACUAGCCGAGCAAAUAAUCGCUGCCAUGCCAGAGCGUAUUAAGAACGAAUCAGAAGAAACUAUGUACCUUGGCAGUCCGUUGCCAGAUUCAUUGAACGAGGAUACGUCCGGAAUGGGUAUAUUGAAUGAUACCUUUAUGGAGCCGUUACUCGAUUCGCUUCCUUCGUCACAGUUUGAUCAGGAGUUUAACUUUGAGUUCAGUGAUCACAACUACCGAUAUCAUGAUGUCGGUACACCCUGCUCUAGUCUGAGUCCGGCAUCUUCUGGUCCGCUACAGUCGCCUGCCAGCUAUUCCAUACCGCAAGAUCAUCCUGUCGGGUCACCAAGUCCUCCUCCAACUACGCAAGAUUUUACCGAAUUUCUGCAAUCCUCAAGCGGUACUGUGCGACCGUUUGAAGCUGAUUUCUCUAACCUAAAGCUAAACGAUCGUGAGCAGCGUGAGCUUUACGAAGCGGCCAAAUGCAUCCAGAAGGCGUACCGUUCCUAUAAGGGCCGGAAAAGCCGCAUGGAGGAACAGGACAAGGAGCGUACGGCGGCCGUUGUGAUACAGAACUACUAUCGGCGUUACAAGCAGUACGCAUACUACCGACAGAUGACACAGGCUGCCCUCGUCAUCCAGAACGGGUAUCGGUCGUACUGCGAGAACAAGCGGUUCAAAAAAUCUCAAACCAGCCAGCAGCAACAGCAGCCGGUAACGAGCAGCGAGGAGGACAAGGCGUCUGCACAAUGUCUUGAAACGUACUACCAAAACUUCCGCAACGAGCAGAAACAGCAACAAUCGCCUCAGCAGCAACAGCAGAACAAUCAGCAGGGAGGUUCCGUCUCGAAGGAACCAAGUCCGUCGGGUCCCUUAAAACGAACCUAUUCGCAACGAACACAAAAUCAGGCCGCUAGAAAGAUACAGCAGUUUAUGAGACAAUCGAAAAACAAUACAUGGGAUGAGCAAAUGACUAACUUGGCUACAGAGAGAACGAGCCGAAAAAGAGAGGCUGGUCCACCUACGCAGGGUGGAGUACCUCCAAAGCUUGCAGUGUCACGAACAGCCCGAGGCACAGCCUACCAGCGCUCCAAAGUGAACUGAAGCAGGUUGCAAACAUACGGUUGGCGUUACUCGCAAGGUUGAUUGUUCCCGCUUGGCCGCAUCCCCUUCGCAGUUUGCAUGAUGCAUCCGGCGAUAAUGCAUUACAUCUGUAAGCGUUACUUGCAUUAGCUAGCUAGCUAUUUGAAUUAUAGCUAGCGUAUUUGUUUUUAUCUUUAGGGAAUAUGUUCGCGUAAGGUAGCUGUUACACGUGUAGUGAAUCUUAAUUUGUUGUGUUAUUUACUUUACAUUAGCAAGUCAAACGAGCGUUUAGUUGUUUUGUUAAAAUUAAUAGAAACAAAAGAAAAACAGCCGUCCCAGCAUUGCGUUACGUAGCGUUUCGUUUGCAUCGUUUCACGUGUGCGGUGAAAUAUUUCACACCCGUAACGCUUGACUGAAAUGUUUCAGCAACAUUACGCCAGGUGGCGCUAGCAAUGCGUUCAGAGAUGUUUUGAACUGUAACUGUGCACGUGUGCAGGAAGAAGAAAAAAACACACGUGUGGUUGAAAGUUUUGGUGGAAAAAGUUAUCAAACAAAGCAAAUAAUGUAAAACAUAUAAACGAGCGAACGGUGUUGAUGGGAGCGUUUAAUCUGAUACCUGAAAUUUUAGUAGAAAAUUCUAGUUAAAUAAUGUCUCUAGCGUGUGUGGUAAGAGGAAAGUGUUAAACAAAAAAUCAUACAAUAGUAAAAAAAAAGACAAAAUCAGAACGAAGAAAUGCUGAUCCAAAUGUGAUUUCAAACUCUUUUUAAAAUAACAAAACACGCGCAUAAAAUGCUCGCCUAUCUCGAGCUCUACUGUUAUUUGAUGAGCGCAAGUGCGUGUCCUGUGUGUUGCCAACUGUACUGUGAGGGCUUACGAGCAGACUUAUUUUCGAAACGACGAAAAGCGAAUGUACACUAUGUAUGCGGUUAAAAUGGCUACCGGAAGAUACGGUACAAAGUAGUGUAGAAACGAUUAUUUAUAGAUAAUAAUGCAAGUCGCACACAGCGUGUGCCCUGGCCAUUGUUUGUCGAUUUUGGUGAAGCGAAGGGACAAAGAGAGAACGUAAAUACGACGCUGAUGAAGUUCUUACAUCACAUGCAAGAAAGAAUCCUUUACGAAGUAUGAUAAUGUACAGGCUAGAGCAGUUGUUAUGGUUCUUGUUUUAUUUAACUGAUGAAACUUUUUUACACUAGAAAACAAAUAGUAGAUUACAGAGAAUGGAACAAUAGAAAACAACUAUUUAUAAUCUUGCGAUCAAAACCACACAUACGCAUUACGGUGCAGAGUUGCUAACUUUAAGCGCUAAAGCUUUUCCCGGCCUUCGCUACAUACGCACGGGGAAAGCGGUUUUGUACAUAGAACGUUUUGAUUCGGGAUAGGGAUACAUGGGGUACCGUCAAACAGUGAUUUUCUAUUUAAUUGUUAACUUUUGUUAAAUUCAACUAGAUUCUACACCUAAAGCGAAACAUCAUGCACACGCAAAACAAAACAAGCAAAGCGUUGGUACUUACACUACCAUAUAGUGCGCGUGUGUGUAUGUGUGUGAGCGUGUGUGUAAAUUUGUGUAAAAUAUUUGCGAAUUAAACAGUCUUUAGUCGAAGUAUGGAAAUGGAUAAGGAUAAGGAUGAUAGAGAGAAAACAAAAAAAAAACACGACAGCGAUCAAUGCUACCUAUAUAGACAUAUACAUAAAAGUGACAUAUACAUAUAUACAAGCUAACUAUUUAUCUCUUUUUUACAACGUUUCGAAAUGAUAAAGUAAAUACAGACAGUAAUAUGUAUCGCGCCAUUCAACAAACAAAAAAAAUAUCUCUUUCAAGUGAUUAUAGGAAGAAGAAAAAAAGGAAAACAAAACAAAAAAAACAACCUGUUACAAAACCUGUGAGGCACUAGCCGGUAGGAAAUGCAGCACCCCACGCUGCCAUGUUUACUCGUCUCUCAAGGGUGACACUGUGUGCGUCCAUCUUAUGACUUUCAAGCAGUAAAACAAUUACAAAUCUAUCUACAAAUCUGUGAACCAGAUACGCCACGGACAGGAGGUCUAAAAUCAAAUCAAAGCAAAAGUGAAACAAACGAGAAGUCUAAUACCUGAAUAGCAAAAAGGAUAUGCAAGGUGCAUUGUGACAUAAAAAAAAAAACAAAACAAGUACUGAUCAGUUUCGCACCAGCAUCUCUCUUUCGGCUGGCAUACAUAAACAAAGGCAAAAAGGCUUCACGUGGGAGAGGAAAAAAAAAACACAAUGAAGAGAGGCGGAAAAUAAAAACCAUGGACAACAACAAAGAAAUGUGACAAAAUUUUGAAACUUGAAACAAUUUACACUCUCAGCUACUUGCCAUUUUGCACUAUCAAGCGCGCGUAUUCGAUUUUCCCGAUCGCGGAUCGAUUAAUAACUCUACUGGUAUAUAUUAUAUACAUUACUAAAAGCUAAUCUGCUAAAAGAAAAGGGCAAAGAGAAAGAGAAAAAAACCGGUUAAUUGCAGCACGUUCGUACACCAGUGUAUAUAUUUCAAACAAAAACCAUAUAUAUAUAUUUGACAGAAAUGCGAUGAGAGCUAUAUAUAUAUAUAUACAUACAUACAUAUAUGCAUACAUACAUAAAACAUGCAUUGCUACAUACAUACAUACGUGCAUACCUACUUACCUUGCGCGGUUAAGCACUGCAAAAGGGCCGAGUUAAAGACGAGUUCCAGUUUAAACAAUUUCUCCAUUUGCAUAAGAAAGAAAACAACAAGAAACAACAAACAAAAAAAAACAACACUAGAAAAUUGAUAGAUGACAAAUGAUAGGUACGGUUUAAGCAUUCUUUACAUUCUUCUUGCGAUAGAAAGUAGAAUAGCAUUAUGAAAACUAAAAAUAAAGCAACAACAACAAAAAAAAACAACUUCAUACACAACAGCAAACGUACUAAAUCUAAAACUAACAUCAAUCUUUAUGCAUAAAAUCAUUUAAGAUGAGCAAAAACAAGGAAGCAAAUAAAAUUUAAAAGCAGCAAACACAUAUAUAAAACAAGAACAUACACAAAUAGGAUAGCGCUAGUUUAAGUAAAGUAAUGAAACAAAAUAAGGAAAAAAGGGAAAGGAAACCAACAGGUAAUAAGAAGCAGUAAUAAUAACACAUUACAAAAGAGAACAAAACAUUAGCACGGAAUUGAAUGCCGUUUCGAAACAGUUCCGAUUUAAACAGUUCGAAAACAAAGUGGUAAAUGAGUUUUGUUUUUUCUUCCUCUCCUCUUGGUUUGUUUGUUCUCUUUUUGUUCACUUUCAAAGUUACAGUAGCAUUUGCAGCACAAAACUAAACCAUUAAAAACGGGCGAAAAGUUUAAGGUAGUGUAAGAAAAUGCUUAAAAUAAGAGAAAAGCUGUACUUAAAGUGGGGAAAAAUAUGUUCACAAGAAGUGUGAAAGAAUUUGUCAUGUUUUUAUCACGAUGUUUGGUGCUCUUUUGUUAUGUCUUUUCGAAGGCUUGACGUGUUGUGUUGUUUCGCUUGUUUGAUACACAGCACAUGGCUGUCUUACAGGUGGUGCAGCUUUAAGCUUGUUGUAGGCUUUAAAAGUCUUUUCCUAUUGAAUUGCUUCCUGUCCUUUUGCUGCGUUGGAUAAGGAAGCGGAUCUCGUUUUACGUAUGUUUUUUUUUUGUUGCAAUUCAAUUGAAUUUAAUUUUACUCCAAAUCCCUCGCGAGGGAGUUGUGCUGUCCUUCUAGACAAUCAAGAAGGUGUAACAGUUCCGGGCAGUGGAGGCAUGUCGCAUCAUAUCAAACGAACUGCGCGACAAAGAGGACGUUACGCUUCACCUGCCCAACAGGUCACAAGUCCUAUUGCCGUUAGUCGUAUUUUCACUUUUGAAUGGCAACCAACACGGAAAGAAAUGGUUCAAAGUCAGGUGAGGGGCGAUGGUUUCGUUUCGCAAGAAAAUCCUUCCUCCUAAUUGGGGUAGGUUACAUUUAUGCAACGAACAGUUCCACCGACCCGUGACAGAUGAGCCACACCUGGUGCAUAAUUUUCAUGCAACUUCGAAAAUCACUUCGAGAAAAAAAACAUUUGGUACGAAGAUAUGGCUUUAAAGUUUGGCUAAAAGUGAAGUAAAGCCGUUGGCAAGGUGUUGACAGCAAACCAUGGCAUUGCAAAAACUAACGCCUGCUCGUAUACGCGGGGGGCUGACUUCAACACAUUGAUUGAUAACAAUGUUUAUCGUUCUUUCGUUGGUUUGUGAUUUAAAUUACGCACCUUCAUUAGUUGUUGAUAAUUGUUUCCUUUUUUUCGUUUUGAUGAUGGCAAAAUGUGUGAAGUGUGUAUCAUAUCAGGGAAAAACCGAAAGUUUCGUAAGGCCUGGGUAUUUCUUGGGCCAGGGUGAUGCAAGGGUUUGAACAAAUGGAGAGAAGAAAUAAAACAACUAAAUACGUCCAAUUGGGAAGUUCUGGAUCCCACAAUCACAUACAUAACCAUAAUGCGACACAUUUUUUGCAAACUGCAGAAGCAACGUGCGCAUCCUCUCAGCUACUUAUAUUUAGGACAAGUAAACUCGAACAGAAACGGAAACUUGGCUUUAAGCGGAGUGUGUGCAAAAGGGAAAAAGGGAAAACUGUGCAACAUAACAUGUGAAGGUAUGAUACAGCUUGUGGAUUUAAAAACAAAAUCGGUUGUGUAGGAAGGGAAAAUAGAGCGGGGAGGACAGUUCAGAACGUUUUCCCGCCCCGAAAAAAAAACAACGGCACCUACUAUUUCUUACAACCCCGGUUUUUACAACGUUCAAACCUGUUACAAGGCACCUUAAACACUUAAACCUCUCUCACUCUCUCUCUCUCGCGCGCUCUUCCUUCAUUAGGCUCGGUCGGAAGACUAUGAAGAGUAUGAAAAGUAUUAAACACAAACACCUUUCUCAUACACACUGACACUGACACAUGCACGUUAUCCAAGAUGGUGCAAAACUCUAGAGUGAUCUAUUAAUGAAUUUAUCUAGCUAGGCCUCAAACUGUAGAAGAAAAAAAAACACACACAGAAAAAAGGAUAAGAGGAUGUGAGGGAAUGUGAGAAGCAAACGAAAUUUACCCUCUUCUAUGUAGCUAAUAACCUUCCACUUCUAUAAAAAAAGGAGAAGCAAACAGAGAAGAAAACCAAAUCAAUCUUACACUGCUCUCAAAACACAAAUGCUGCGAUUCAAAAAUUAAUAACACACAUUUUGCAACAACAAAAAAAAUGCGUAAGAAGUUUCUAGUGAUAUUCGAUUUCUUCUUUCUUCUUAUAAUAUAUUACUUAAAAGAAACACACAGUCACACACAUACACAAUAGAAACACAACAACCCCCCGUGUCCGUUACUGGGGGGGCGCAAGCGUUACUAAAUCUCGUAGAGGACAGAGACACUGGGACGGUUACGGUUAUAAGUAUAUUUUUAUACAGCAAAGCUAGUUAACUAAAUGCUAAAACCGUAGUAAUUAGGGGUGGAUUUACACUAAGGGUGUAAUCAUCUUUCCAUCUCUCUCUCUUUCUCUCUCUCUCGCUCUUACUACCUCCCUUCCCCGUUUAUCCCCUCCUUCCAAAACACACUCUUUCUUCUCGAUCAUCACUCUUUCACUCUUCGCAUAGUGCGUUAGAGGAUGCCAUAAGCAAUCAACAGUCAGGCUACUUACUACUGUAGUAAUAAUACUUUUGCUAUUCCACGAGAUGAUCGUUAAGGCGAGAAGAGACGAUAAUAGGUGACAAACAUCGAUAGAUAAACAACCUCCAACAAAAGAAACAAUCUACCCAAGAACGUGUUCUUUCAUUCCAACUAUUUCCCGUGAUUAGCGGUGAUCAAAUCACGGUAGCUUUUCUGCGCAAAUAGUAUAGACUUUAGGGGGCACGGUAGUUCUAGAGGGAUUUUCUCUUGUCCCGCACUCCCGUUUUUUAAUUGAAUUGGAUGAUCGCUUCUGAAGAAGACAAGAAAACAGCUACCAAAACUACCUUUAAAUUCCGCGUUGUCCUUUCUUUACUUCUCUCUCACACACACACACAGACAGAAACACAUUUUCUCUCACUCUUUAUCUCUUACUCUCUAACUCUCUCUUACCUAAUCUGUUGUACGUUUGUAAGUAAAAUGGGGCGACGGGUUUAUUGCUUAACGAGGUUUUUGCGAUCCGGUAGGGAUCGAGUUUUCCGAGGCACACAUACACAUAAGUUGAUACAGCACACCUCACAGCAAACCCAAAAACCUGUAUCUUUCUUCCAAAUAGUUCACUGUCGACAGGAAAGCUACUUACCGGAAGUUUAUAUGAAAAAGAGAGUUAGAAUUUAAACCUCUCCAGCCAGCGAGAUUAGAGGAGCAAAGUUUUCCUAUUUGAAGCUAGUUCAUUUCCGUAACGCACAUACUUAUCAAUCUAAGAUGAACUCGAUGAACUUAAACCUACACAUCUUACACGCAUACACUGGACAAAGAAGAAAGAAAUAAAGAAAGAAAAAAAACCUAGCAAUUAUCGAUAACUGCUCCUAAAAGUGAAUGAAAUGGUACUAAGCGCGAAGUAAAACAAAACGAAACUGAAAAGAGAAACAUGAAACAAGAGCAUAAGGUAGAACAAAUGAACAUAGUAAAAUAAAGAGAACAACGGCAAAAGAAAAGUGAGAAUUGUAAAAGUAACAGUUAAGAAACGAAACACACCAUAUACAUAUACACACACACUAUUACAACACAGCAAAAUGGUUUGGCCUGGUAGAGGAGAGUAUGAAAGAGCGAAAACAUAUUUGAAAAGAGGAAGAAAAUAAUGAUUAAAAAUAACAAGCAAGCUUUAACAUAUUUUUAAAACAAAGCCACAGCUCAGAUGCACAGUGAGAGCAUAAGCAAACACAUACACAGAAAAAAGUGAAGAAAACAAAAAAAGAAAAUAAAACCAACCAGUCGAAGAAAGAAACUAUAAAUACAUAUAUAAAUCAAUUCCCACACCCUAUGCGAAUGGUAACAAUUACUAGAUUUGACAGAAGUUCUCCAAAGCAAAACAGUAAUGUUUUACAAGAAAAAAAAACAAACGAUUGCACUAGACACGCGCAUAAGCAGAAGAGAAUUAAUUGUUAAGUAAGAAACACCAAUAAAAAAAAAGAAUAAAUAAAAUAAACCGAGAAAAAAAAACAAACAAAACGCAUAGCAUCUCCUGUGACAAAUCAAGCUUAGUGACGUGAAAACGUGACGUUUCGCGGUAUGAUAAAAAAACAACGCGGCAGACGAAUGAGUGAAAAUAAAAGCAAACAAGUGUUGCGACAACAAGUUGAAAAAUAAAGCAAAUCUCUUUAACCACACUGUUACUUGAUCGGUAGUGUUUUUUGGGCAAAGUGGCGUCUCUCUAUCUAUAUCUAUCUCUCUCUCUGUAUCUAUAAGGUUGCAAAAUGGAACAUGUUUGAUAGCGUUUAAUCAGUAGGUAAUACCUACUUCCUAGCACCUACAUCUCGACUAGCGAAACACCCAUCGGUUGUUCCACAAUUAGGAUUCGGUGGAAAAGGCUCCGCAUAUUUGCAACCAUUUUUGCAUGUUACACGCUUUGAAAAGCAUAAUGACGCCGACGCCGAUUAAAUAUUGCUGCCCUUUAGCGCUGUGACCCACGUCAGCACGUUUUCCCGUUCGAUCGAACGCAGCAAUCACCGGAGAGAAUUUUGAGAAAAGUCUGAUAGUGUUUUCCUUCCAUUCUUCCCCUUAAAGCUCCCCUUCCUUUCAUCCCCUCCUUCACACAUCGAAUCUGCUGAUUUGUGCGACUUAAAGUAAAAGUAGUACAUGAAAAAACAAACAGAAAACCCACAAAGGUAAGCUGACUUAACCAGACAAAAUCGAGUGAAGCCAUCGAAGGUUCGUUGAAAUCGUCCACUAGGAACGAAUUUGCUAGGAACCGUCGAAGCAUUUUGGUUGUGAGCUUCUUAUGUUUGUUAUUUGCUCUCUGUGCGCUGGGUGGCACUUAUUUCAUACGGUAUUUAGUUUUAAUUUACAAAUAUAAAAACAAACGUCACCUUGGCAGACGUUCACGUAGAGAUACCCGUUUUACCUAGCGAACGAAAUAAUGUUCUCGUGUUCUUGUUCAAACGAUAUAGCUAGAAUGGGGUUUUCACUUUUUUCUUCAUGAACAAACAGAAAAAAUGCAGCAAACGAACAGUUGCAGACGCGAAUAAAUAUAGUAUCAAGUCAAACUAUAGCUUUAAACCGUUUUCACUACACUAAAACACUGCAAAGUAAAAAAUACAAAACUAUUGAACUAUGCGCUAGUAUGUAGAAUGCCUAGUGAACGACAAAAUGCCCUUUCGGUUUUGCUACUUGCUUAAAACGGGUGGUUUAUUUUGUAAGCAAUAUCAACACUGAAAGAAAGAAAGUGUGAAACUUAAGCUUCCUCUUGAUACAACCUAUGGAAACCGAAACAAAACGUGUUAAUGUUGGCAAAGUUUACUGGAAAGGGAAAAGAAAAAGAAAGUCAAGAUGACGAGAAAAUGUUGUUUGAAAAAAACUACAAAACACACAUUGGAACAGAAACAAUGAAGAUUUUAUUGGGGUUUUCAUUAUUCUCCAGCAACAGAGAAGAAAAUGGUAAAUUAUUGAAAAAGUUGAGGAUAAACUAAGAGAAAACAAGAGAAAAUAAAACCUUUUUU